CGAUUGACGUGCUCUUGUAUCCACGCAUGUCAUUGAGGAAAUAAUUGUAGUGCGGUCGUGCGGUGCAUACGCACUGUGUAUAAACCGUAUAAACUGUCACUUUCGUUCUCGUUUACAUACUAAACAUAGUUUUUUUAGCAAACAUACUGUUGCAUAAAAAAAGGAAAAGAAUGAAAAACGGCAGCAAAUUGUUGAAAGUUCUCCUACAAGCCUCAGAGAAGGCAGCAAAUAUUGCUAGAACUUGCAGGCAGAAAGAGGCUCUUUUUCAAUUAUUAGUGCAAGAAAAAUCCUUAGAAGAGAAGAAUCCUCGUUUUUUUCAGGAUUUCAAAACAUUAGCUGACGUCCUUAUUCAGGAAACUAUCAGGCAUGACAUAGAAAUUGAGUUUCCAGAAUUGGCUAAGUUGGUGCAGGGUGAGGAAACCAAUGUAUUCAGCAAUACCAUGGGAGAAUCCAUUAUUGUUGAAGUCUGUUCAUGUAGCAAAGAUACAACACAGUUACUGACAAAAGUUAUGAGCAACGAUGUUGUGGCAGCAGAGUUACUCGCUGCUGAGGUCCAUAAAGAUGUUCAGCUUUCAGAUGUGCCAAUCACGUUAGACAUCCCUACUGAUUUUGACAUCAAUGUAGAUGACCUCGGUAUUUGGAUAGAUCCAAUUGAUUCAACAGCAGAUUACAUAAGCGCAACGGAGGCAGUGGAUGAACAGACUAGUUUACAUUUGAGUGGAUUACGUUGUGUCACGGUCUUAAUUGGCGCAUACAAGAAAAGUACUGGAGUGCCGGUUUUGGGUGUAGUUAAUCAACCUUUUUCUACCAAUGUGGAUUCCCAAUGGACAGGAAAAUGUUACUGGGGUUUUGUUGGAAGUGGCAUCGCCAAGUCUUCUAUAAGCAACCCAUGCAAUGUCGAUAAAAUUAUUUUGCUCAGUCGCUUCGAAGACGCAGAUGUAAAAUCGAAGCUGUUAAACAGUGGAUUCAGAUUGGUGGAAGCAACAGGAGCAGGAUACAAGAUACUGAGCGUUGCUAUUGGACAAGCCGCUGCCUACAUCUUAUCAAAAGGUUCCACUUAUAAAUGGGACACGUGUGGACCGCAAGCUCUUCUAUCAUCGGUUGGUGGAGGUAUCAUUGAAUUCAAAGAGUUUAUUGUAAAUCCAGAUUCGGAAAAUCUGAGCGUGAAUUAUUUACCUAUUGGUACAAAUUUCUCCAAUCGUGCAGGCUUGAUAGCAUACAGAGAUCCUCAAAUUCUGGAAACUUUUAAAUCCAUUUUAAGUAAAUCAUCAUCUCGCUAAUAAGUGUGACAAAGAUGUAUUAAUGCUAAAACUUGACAUUGUAUUUUGAACAUUUUUACAAUAAUUACAUUGCAUAUUAUUUACGUUUUAUUAUAUAAAUAAAAAUCGUAUGUCACUUUAUAAAUUUGAUGUGAAAACUUCUAAAUGAUGUCUUUGUGGCUAUUUAUUAUGACUAUUUUGUGAUAUUAUCUGUGAACUUUAAUUCAAUUGUACAAGAUAUUGUAUUUAUUAUAUAGAUAAUAUAUUCAAUAAACUAAUA